AUGGGAAAGCAAACCAUGGACUGCAGACUGGAGGUUAUGGUUCUUAUUAUUCUAACAACAGCCUCAUCUAUUGCCUGGAGCAGCAAGGACCUCAGUGAAGCAUUGGCAUAUUUAAAGCAGUACGGCUACCUGCACAUCCCACUGGACAAACCACAACCCAACCCUCCACCUGAGACAAUACAGGAGGCUCUAAGAAUCUUUCAGAAAGCAUCAAACCUUCCAGUAUCAGGAAACCUGGAUUCAGCCACACUGACGAUGAUGAGGAAGCCUCGGUGCGGCAUAGAAGAUUUCUUCACUAACAACUCUCUCAAAUACCGAGUCAUGGGUUACUGGAGGAAAAAGAUGCUGACGUACCGGAUUUACAACUACACCCCUGACCUGGGUGUAGCCAAGACCCGGCAGGCCAUCCAGGCGGCUUUCAAGUACUGGAGCGACGCCUCAUCCUUGAAGUUCAGGGAGUUAUAUCAAGGAAGGGCAGAUAUAAAAAUCUCCUUUCACAGAAAAGACAAAACGUGCCCGGUGCCCUUUGACGGAAGAGGUCAUGUUUUAGCGCACGCGGAUGCUCCUGAGUCAGGCAUUGUUCACUUUGAUGGAGACGAACUGUGGACGGAGGGGAAGAGCUCCGGCUCCAACCUGAGGAUUGUGGCAGCGCAUGAGAUCGGUCACGCUCUGGGUCUGGGUCACUCCCAGUACUACAACGCACUGAUGGCGCCCAUCUAUGUUGGAUAUCGCUCUAACUUCCAGCUGCAUCCGGAUGAUAUUAGAGGGAUCCAAGCUUUAUACGGAAAACCAGAGAAGAGUGCUGCGCCUGUAAUUCCUCAGCCUGUGCCGGGUGGUGUUGUCCCUGAUCCAUGCAAAGCCACGCUGGAUGCAGUCAUGUCAGCUCCAUCAAGUAAGACAUAUGUUUUCAGUGGACAGUAUGUGUGGACGGUGUCCAGCUCUGGUCAUAGCUCUCCCACUCUGAUUGCUGGGCUGUGGAAGGAGCUGCCAGGAAGCAUCGAUGCAGCUGUUUAUUCUCAGCGGAGCGGCAAAUCUUACUUCCUGAAAGGGGACAAAGUGUGGAGGUACACAGGUUUCAAACUUGACAGAGGCUUCCCCAAACGUUUGACCAACAUCCCAGCAAAUAUCGACUCUGCUCUUUAUCUCCCCAAGAACAAAAGGCUGAUCUUUCUCAAGGGUUCCGGAUACUGGCCUUGGGAUGAAUUUGGUCGCACAGACCUUCGUUCAUACCCCAAACCUAUUGGGCAUCUUUUUAACGGGGUACCCAGCAACACGGACGCCGCUGUGACGUGGACGGACGGCAAUGUGUACGUGUUUAAAGGCAGCCAGCACUGGCGAGUCAACCUCAAGGAUCAAACGGUGGAGAAGAAAUAUCCCCGGGACACAGCAUCUCACUGGAUGCAGUGUGAUGAUUGAACCACCGGGGGCCCUCAGCGCCUCAACGCAGACAUGAUCUAAACAGUUUCUGUUUAAAGCAGUGAAGAAAUAUCUGGGAUAAUUUGACUCAGUUUUUAGGGCUGAUACCACAGGAUCCUCCUCCUGUUAAAUCCUGUUAUGACUGUAAACUUAUCAGACCAUAGAUGAGGCUGUAUUACUGCAAUAAAAGUUGGAAUAACUCAGAUUUA